CUGUCACUCCAGCUGGAUACUAGUGCACUUUGUUGGGACGAACACCAACUUUACCAACUAAAUGAUAAACUUGCUCAUUUGCCGCAGACAUGUGCAGGAACCAGCAAAAUUAAUUACAGCAAGCUAGACCACACAGAACCUAAAAGACGUCCCAUCUGAAGUGUGCUGAUGUCCGUGUCCGCAGUCUCCUUUUCUCGGCUGCUGAGAUGCGCAAGAUGCGUUCCUGCAAUGGGCCGGAGUGGGCACGCUCAUCCUGCCAGGUGUGUGCGUGUGCCCGGAGUCCGCUGGCACACCACUCGUUUGGACAUGGACGGCAGUGGACGUCCAGCCACCUGGGACUCCUUCGGGAUUUGGGAUAAUCGGAUAGAGGAGCCCAUCCUGCUGCCGCCCAGCAUCCGCUACGGAACCCCAAUCCCGCACAUAAGUGUGUCCAGGGUGGGCUGCGCGACUCUGAUCGGCCGCCGGCGGGAAAACGAGGACCGUUUCCAAGUGAGCGAGCUGACACAAAACGUGUUGUACUUUGCCCUGUUUGACGGACACGGGGGCGCACAUGCCGCGGAUUACUGCCAUAAACACAUGGAGCAAAACAUCAGGGACUGUUUGGAGAUGGAGACCGAUUUACAGACGGUUUUGUCAAAAGCGUUCCUGGAGGUGGAUGCAGCUUUGGAAGAAGAACUGCAGAUUUACGGCAACGCCUCCCUCAUGAUGGUGGGCACGACGGCGACGGUGGCUCUGCUUCGGGAUGGCAUUGAGCUGGUGGUCGGCAGCGUUGGAGACAGUCGAGCUCUGCUGUGCAGGAAAGGAAAAUCACGCAAACUUACAGACGAUCACACUCCGGAGAGAAAAGACGAGAAACACAGGAUCCGUCAGAGUGGUGGGUUCGUGACCUGGAAUAGUGUCGGUCAGGCUAACGUUAAUGGCCGCUUGGCAAUGACCCGCAGCAUUGGAGACUUCGACUUGAAAAAGAGUGGCGUGAUCGCAGAACCAGAGAUCACACGGACUCUAUUGCAGCACGCUCACGACUCCUUCCUGGUCCUCACCACCGACGGCAUCAACUUCAUCAUGUCCAACCAAGAGAUCUGUGACAUCAUCAAUCUGUGCCACGACCCCACCGAGGCGGCAAAUGUCAUCGCUGAGCAGGCUCUUCAGUACGGCUCUGAAGACAACAGCACAGUGAUCGUGGUCCCAUUUGGAGCCUGGGGGAAACAUCAAAACACAGAUUACACACACGACAUGAGCCGAAACUUUGCCUCCAUAGGCCGCUGGUCUUAACAUGAAGACUAACACUCUCCAACCACAGCACUGCCGUUACACUGACAACUGCACUAUGAAGAGGAGGAUACAUCUGCUUUAAAUCAACCUUUACAUCCAAAGACAGAAGGUGUGGUGGAUUAUUUGCUUUGUUAUUUGUGACCCUGGAUGCAAAAACAGAAUUAUGUUGCAUGGGUUGAUUUGUGGGAGGAGCCAAAAGUACAUUAUAUGAGUCAAAAUGACAGAUUCUUUAAUUUAUGCCCAAAAUCAUUAGGUUUCACUUUAUAUUAGGUGUCUUUAACUAAUAUGUACUUACACUGAAAUUAAUAAUUAGUUACAGUGAACGUAUUGUGUAAAUACAUGUGUAUACAUUGCACUUACAGCGGGAAAAUAAGUAUUGAACAUGUCAUGUUUUUUCCUUUGUGAAGUGUUUUAACUGUACAUAAUCAGCAGCUUCCUGUAUAUAUAUUUUAGAAAUGUGUUUAUCAGUGUAAAUGCCUUGACUAGAGGAACCGCAGAUUUAAUUAACCUGAAUAAGUCUUCUGUGGUUCUCGGUUUUAGUAAGAAAUGUCCAUAUUUUUGGGCUUUAUUAAUGCAGAUCAAUGGUUCUAUUCACCUCACCUCAUACUUCAGUUUCUCAUCAAAUCUUCUGACCAAUCAAAUCCCCAUAGGGUCUGACAUGCCCCGCCCCUUCUUCUCAUUAGGUGCGUUCGACAUCAUGCAGUGCUGCGCAGAUCGAUUGAAAUCUGUCUUAAAGCGGUGCAUGCUGGUUAGAAGUUUUGUCCGGAUUGAUACUGCGCCAAUGCUACGUGACUCACAUGUGGCAUCAAAUUACUGCAACAGUGUUCCAAGAUCAGACGACUGAUUCAGGCCGUGCAGCAUCUGAAGAGCGACUGCAUGAGCUCUGAUGACGACAACGAUAUUACACGAUUGGCUGAGUUCACCGCAUGACAACAACCACGUGUGUUUCGGGUUUAUUAUUGGACAAAUUCAGUCUCACAAAUUUCAAAACAAACAAUUCACUUUUCACACCAUCUCUAUCAUGCUUAUUAAAAGACUACAAAUAUUUUACUGCAGUAAACAUGUUUUGUUAAAUAAUCUGGUUAUAAAGUCUAGCUUCUUUGCACAGGUUUAUUUUCAACCUUUUUUAUACAGACUAUUUACUACAUUCAGCUCUAUGAACGAUUUUUUAGUUUUUAUACAGUUUUUUAUACAGUAAUGUAGUUUUUUUUAGUCUGUAUAAAAAAGAUUGAAAAUAAACCUGUGCAAACAAGCCAGCCUUUAUAACCAGAUUAUUUAACAAACAUGGUUACUGCAGUAAAAUAUGUGUAGUUGUUCAUGGUAAUGAUAUAUUUUAGUAAAUAACCUAAAUAUGAACUCAAAUAAAUCUUACAGACUUGUAAUAAAAUAAUUAUCAUCA